GGGCGUUCCACCACAACACCCCCUCUCCUCUCGCUCGCGCAACCUGGUGCAUUCGCCUCGCCGUGCCGCUCUCCGAUGCCACAGCCAACCAUCUUCGUCGCGGCCACGCGGCAGCAUGUCGGAAAGACCACCGUCAGCCUGGCGCUGAUGAGCGGCCUGCAGAAACGGUUCAACAAGGUCGGCUUCCUGAAGCCUGUCGGGCAGCAGCACCUACCGGUGCGCGACGAGAGCGGCAACCAGCUUCGCGUCGAUAAGGACGUGCAGGUCAUGAAGGAGUACUUCAAGCUCGACCACGUGCCCUACUCGGCGAUGAGCCCCGUCAUCAUCCCGUCUGGAUACACGGCUCGGUACAUCGACGGCGAAGUGUCCAACGAGGCGCAGUGCGCGGCCAUCCGGCGAGCGCACGAGACCAUCUCGAGCGGCUCGGAUGUGGUGCUGGCCGAGGGGACCGGCCACGUCGGCGUCGGCAGCGUGGUGGAGGUCUCCAACGCUCGCGCCGCCGCGAUGAUGGGAGCGGAGGUCGUGCUCGUGGCCAACGGCGGCAUCGGCAAGGCCUUCGACGAGCUGGAGAUGAACCGGAUGAUGUUUGCGCACGAGGGGGUGCGCGUCCGCGGCGUCGUGCUCAACAAGGUGCGGCCCGACAAGGUCGAGUACGUGCGGUCCAAGAUGGGGCGCCUGCUCGAGCAGCGGUGGGGCGUGCCCUUGCUUGGGGUGGUGCCGGAGCUCUCCUACUUGAGCAAGCCAACGCUGGCCGAGCUAGAGAGGGCGCUCGACGGCGACCUGCUCGCCGGCCACCGCUGCCGCUCACUCCACUACGGCGUCGAGAACUCGUUCCUUGUCACCACCGGCCUGCGCCGCUUCCUGCGGCGCGCGUUCGAGCAGCGGAGCCCGGGCGAGUGGA